UAUUCAGAUGAUAGAAAUUACAGAAAUAUGUGAUAUUUUGCGCGGUACACUCUACGUCUAAGAGAGAAAAAGCAAUAUUUUUCAUUAGGAUAAGAUAGAUAUAUUUGUGUGUAGAGUACUUUAAACAUUAUUUUUAUGAAAAAAAUGGAAAAAUCAAAUCAAUCAGUCAACAAAUCAACAAACAAACCUGUACAAAAUGAGACGGAUUCAAUGACAUCCCCCCAAGUUUCGCUCACUGAAUCUCUGAAAAAAUGCAACUUAUCAUUUUCGAUCAACUUUGAUUUCAAUGACGUUAAUAGUGAGAAUUCUACUGAUUCUGAGAAUGCUGAUUUAAAAAUUGACAUAUCUGAAGUGGAUAAUUAUGAACCGUCCAGCAAGCAUAAAAGAGAAGCUGUUGAAGAAGCAUCAGUACUCAAUGAAAUGGAAGAAGAAAUUGAGAGGCAACUUGAUGCCAAAGCUGCCAAAACUAAUUUAACUGCCACUAAUGUUAAGAAUAUAUUGAAACAUGUAAUUCCUUAUGAGCAUCUAAUGACAAUGGUACAAAAAUGGCUUCAAGAUACAGAAAAUGAUGUUAACUUUGGUCGUAAGCUAACAAGGGCUAAAGCUAAAGAAUUAGCAGCUGCAAAGGUUAAUAUACCAUGGCCUAUUACUACAGCACAAAAAGCUUCUUCAGAAGUGCAGGCUUUGAUUCAGGAAGAAUUACCAGAAGAUUCAUCUGAUGAAGAAUAUAAUCCUGAACAUGAUAAGGCACAGAGUGAUGAUGAGAGAGAAGUGGAAAGUACAUCAAAUAGUGAUAAAGAGUUACAACCAUCAAUAUCAGUGAAUAAUAAUAAUAUUAUAGCCUCUUCUGAACAACAAUCAUCAAAUGUGCAAUACGAUCCUGAAGGAAUAUUUAAAAUACCACUUGUUCCACUUGGUCCAACAGAAGAAGAAAGCAUUAGUCAAAGAACACGCUCUAAGUUACCUUUGAGUGAAACUUCUUUGCAAGAAAUAGAACAAGCAUUUAUACCACCUGAUAUAACUGCUGAUAUGAUUGAUGAUUUAGAUUGUGAGCUGGACGAAGAUUGGGAUAAUUUUUUGAAGGAAUUUACACAACCUUUGACACAAGAUCCAACUAUAGAAGAUGAUCCAGAAGCUGAUCCUGAAUAUAACAUAUUAGAAGAUGAAACUGAUUUAUUGGACAAGGAAGAACUUAGGACAGACAAAGCAGUAGAAGUUUCUCGCAAGGAACAAUACGACUUAAUUGCAGAAUUGCUCGAAUUAACUCCUAUGUUCUCAAUGCAGGAGGAAGAACAAGAAGUGUUCAAAAAAAAGAAACUUCCAGACAAUGAAACACCGCCGAUUGAAAAUAACAAUAUGAAUUGCCCUAUGGCAGAAUUAUCAGUACUUGCUGAACCUGAAUUAUCAGAAGUCAUGAGUCUUGAACAACGUCUCUUGUUAGCUACGCAGCUUCGGCAACACGUGCAGUUAAUGGCACAGCAUUUUGUUAUGACUCACAUGCAUCCAGAACAUCAUUCAUUGGCGAAACUAUAUAAACAGAACUUGCAGAGCUUAAGAUAUCUGAGCAAUGGGCCAAAUUCUGCAUUUAAUGCAGAAAACUUGGAAGAAGCUUUAAAAUUGGUGUCAACUUGGGAAAAUAAGUUUUCCGACUCAAAAUUUAAUGCAGAUUUCAAAAAGCAUGUAACGAAUGAAAUUGCUAAAUCUAAAUUGUAUCGUGCAAACCAGCGAAAACGUACUGAUGAAUUUUUUCCUGAGUUAGAAGAAUUACUUAUCAGAAGUGAAGCUCUUAUGUAUCCACAACUUUUACCAGAAAUACCUUUCAGAUCUGGACUUAAUAAAAAUGUAAAAUCUCCAUAUUUAAGACCGGAAGAAACUUUAAUUGCAUUGGGUAUCGAACAGUUCUUACCGUUUGUUCAAUCAAAACCAAGAAAGUUUAAAGAUAAAAAAAAGAUAUUGGCUGAUGUUGCUGAACUUAUUAGCCAGUACCUGUUGCCAAACAGAGAUGCGCAAGGAUUAUUACAUCAUAUCAUGAAACGUCGCGCUUCUAAGGAUAAUAAUCCAAUUAAGCAUUAUUUUGAAAAAGGAUGCGUUCCUAAAAUAAUACAUUACAUAACACUUGAGAAUAAACUGAAAGCUCCGAUAGAUCAACCAAUAGAACUUCUACCUCUGAGAUGGCGAACUUAUCUCAAUAAUCAAACAGAGUAUAACAACAAUUUAGCAAAGAAUAAUUACAUGACUGAUUUGUGUAAAUUUGCAAAACAAGGGAUUAUUAUGAGUGCAAUAGGGAAAUAUCCCUGUGUCUCUAAUAAUCAUUCCUUACGAAAUCCGAUUGUGAAUAUGUUACCGAAAAUAUUACCUGCAACUUUGAAUCCAAAACUUUCGACUACCGACAAGAUUGAUAACUCUGCUAAAAAAAAUCCUAAACUCAACAUUAGCGAAGACAAAGAAGUACUUGAUAAUAAUGUACAAGCUGUUGAAACGUGUGCAGAAACAAAUGAAGCACACGCGAAUGUACAAAGCACUUCGAAAACUAAUGCUACAGACAUGAAGGAAACACAGACAGAUAAAAGUACCGCUAAAUUAAACACUAUGUUAACCAGAAGCGCAAAAGUAUCUCAAAAUUCACCACAGAUACGCAAAACCACACCUAGAUUAGCAAAAACAAGAAGUGCUCAAAAUAUGAAGAUGAUGGCGCAAGCGUUGGGUUCGAAACCUUCGUCUAAUUGUGGUGCUCUAAAAUCCAAAGAAAAGGACAACACAGAUAAGAACGUAGAUGAGCAGUGCGCUGUGUCAAAAGUUGAUAAUGAAGAUGAAAUAGCGGAAUUAAUGUUAGCUAGUACAACAAUAAUCAAAGAUCCUGUGAACAGAAAAAAAGCUAAACAAACUAGAGAAAUAGAAAUUAUAAAAAGAUUAAUAAAAGCCGAAAAUCCAUUAACAGAAGAGGAACGUGACAGAAAAUUUGCAGCAUCGUAUUUUCAGAAGCUACACUUAAUGCUAGAAUCUACCAAUCCGGAAACAUUUAAAGGUGUGAUAAAAUUGUAUUUAGAUUAUUCUGAAAAAUUGGAAAGUCUUAAUAACCAAACAGUCGGUGACUCUCGCGAGAAAAGUUCAACAGAUAAAGAAAUAGAAGAUAACACAAUAAAAAAAGAUAUAUUAACAACCAAAUUGUACGAGGAUGUUUGCACAAAGUUGCAAAAUUAUCCAGAACUGUGUACAGAUUUUUUAUUAUUUCUAAAGCCGCAUCAAGCUGCGAUGAUUGGCAAAUCGGUAGAGUAUAUAAUGUUACAAAAAAUGAAUGAUUUUGUUCGCGUCGCACAAAUAUAUUUCGCUAAACAACCAUCGCGGAUAGCAAAGAUGAUGCAGGCAAUCACGCAACUCUCAUCUGAUCCUCACACUACUUUGGAAAACGUUCACGCUGUUAUGAGUCCUGUUUUUAAGGGUCAUCCACUUGUUAUGGAUUUAUUCUUACAAGUUCUACCUAGUGCAAAACCUCCUGAAAGUUUGCUUGCACCACAUAUAUUUGAGAACUUGACGUGUCCAUUCGGACUUUACGAUAAAAAUGUAACCUGUACCGAAAACUCAUUAGAAUUAUACGAGAAUAUAGAAUUACCCACAAAAACGUGUCACGAAGAUCCAUAUGGUGGAGAAAAUUGUAAAUGUGAUUGCCAUAAUACGGACGAUCCGAAUCUUAAAACUAAUACUGAACAUUGUAUUUCUUGCGGCACACGAUUUCUCAACGGGAGAAUUUAUCUACAAACGCCCGAGGGACUACGACCUGCAAAAAUUACGUUUCCUGGAGAGGAUCAGGAGAAAUUAGAUCAUAUUGCGCGCGUAUCGUUAAAAGUUGCUGACAAAGUCAUUCCGUCAAUUUCACCCAAAAAACGACGGAAAUCAUCGAAGACUGAUCCUAGUCAGGAAGAUGUUUGCCAGAAGCAGUGCGCUACGAAAGACGUGUUAUUGAAGGAAAACGAAGACAGUGAAAAACUAAAGCCUAAAAGGAAUGUAAAUUUCACCCUCAAAACGGAUCAAAAGAAAGUUUUGAAAAGAAUAGGCACUGUAGAUCACGCAGUCGCUAAUAAAAGAAUGCGUAUGUCUCAGUGCAGGAGUAAACGAGAAAAGAAGACUGAGGAGCAUGAUGCGUCAGCAGAAGUCAACGAAUCUGGUGUUGUAGAGCACGAGAAAACAAAUGAACUUAAAAAAUCAGAAGUUAGUUCUAUUGCACAAGUACCAAUGCGUGAUAAUCUGUUAAAUACUGAAGUUACACCAGUUAUUUCUUCAAGUUCAAGUAAUAACAUCGAUUGUGAAUCAAGUAAUGUAAAUACAAGAACAGCAAAUUUAAAAACAGAUACUAAUGUGAGAACGAAAUCUGAUUCAAUUAACAAACCAUGGACACGUGAAGAGGAUAUGAUAUUGUUACAAAGUAUUAAGAAAGAAUAUUCUGAAAGUUCAUUUUUAUCGAUAAGUGAACAAUUAGAAAAUCGUACUAUUGAUGAG